GUACUUUUUUUGUGCUGCUGACGAGACGCUGAUUUGUUGCACUGACAACAACCAGCUAGCUAGCUAUCUUCUUGAAAAAAAAAUACACUUUUAAAUUGUUGCGUGCCAUUUUAACUAGCUAGCCGAGAUCAAAAUGACCACUAAAAAGAAGCGGACACCACAUUCACAAAACGACAGAUGGGUUGUUGUUGCAGCAGACUCUGCAGUGGAAACACCAAAGAAAGAUGACAGUGACCCCACUUUCAUCCGGCUUAGGAACCCUUCAACAGAUGCAGCGUCUUUGUACCUGUUGGGCAGUGGUGAUGUGCAGCUGUAUGAGGUCAAAGCCUUCAACGAGGACUUCCACUCCUGGUUCAUUGGCCAGACAGUACAGCGAGAUGGGAGACUUCUGUAUGUUACUCCAAUGGAUCCCCUCUACCUACUGUUGCCCUACUUGAUCAAAGCGGGUGAAGAGGGGAAGUUCCAGCCCGUGGACCAGGUAGUGAUGGACGAGGACUUCCCAGCAUGCACCAGGCUGCUGAGCUGCACACGCUCCCAGACCUCCCUGCACCAUGUGGCUGAGGAGAAAGAGGUGGGCAGUCAGACGUUUCAGCGCUACAGCCAGGAGAGGACCAUGGAAUGGUUAAAGAAAAAGGCUGAGAGGACAGUGAAGACCCUCAGAAAGAGUAACAUCUCAGUGGGAGAGGGAGUAAAGUCCACGACGUAUGUCAGAGUCAAGCAGGAGUCAGAGACCCAGGAAGAGGACUACCUGCGGUAUGCCCAUGGCCUGAUAUCUGAGUACAUCAGUGAAGACCUGAGCAAAGCCCUCCUCAAGCAUCUCCAGUUACCUGAGCUCUCAAGUCCUAAGGAGGUGGAGCCUCCCUCAAAGAAGCGGAAACUGACUGACAAACCAUUGGAGGCAGGAGAGGACUACACCAAAUUCAACAGCUCCGAUUUCUCCCGCAAACCGCCCAAGAAGAUGAGUGCUGCACAGAAGACCCUGGCCAAGGUGGACAAAACAGGCAUGAAGAGCAUGUCGGCCUUCUUCAGCCCCAAGGGCAAGGCAGAGAAAAAAUGAAUGUUAGGAUGAUACAGCAGUUUGUGUGUCUGUCGGUGUGCGUGUAUACAGUGUGUGUGUCUGUCUGUCUGUCGGUCGGUGUGUGUCUACAGUGUGUGUUUCUGUCGGUCUCUGUGUGUGUGUGUGUAGUGUGUGUGUGUCUGCCGGUGUGUGUGUCUACAGUGUGUGUUUCUGUCGGCC